AUGUACAGCGGAAAAAUCGCAAUGUUUACACCCGAGGGACUCAUACAGAUCAUUGAAGAAAAGAGUCCCGACCCGAACCCCGACGAGAUUCUAGUGCGCCUACACCUGGCCGGUGUGUGCGGCAGUGAUGUCCACCGAGUGGCCGGUGACAUCCCACGUCCGAAUCACCCGAUCUGCUUCGGACACGAGGCCGUCGGAAUCAUCCAGAAGAUAGGUCAGAAUAUUAAAACAGACAGAGGAGGAGCACCGAUCAUUGAAGGUGACUUCCUGUAUUGGUGUCCUUCCACACCAUGCAGAAACUGUCAGGAAUGUAUCCCGAAAAACCCUCUGCAAUGCAAGUUUCUUAACUGGCCAGUUACGGCAGGGGGUCAAAUGCUGCUGGAUUCCGAGACCUUUGGCUGCGCGAUGCCCACUGCUCUACGAGGGUUUCGGAGACUCCCAGAAGGGGCCUUUACGUCCGCAACGGAUGUUGUGAUUCAGGGUUGUGGGCCUGUAGGUCUUGCAUGUGCCCUGUUAUCUAAACUUGCGGGCGCCCGCACGAUCACCAUCAUCGGCGAUCCUGAACAUCGGCUUGACGCUGCACGGGCACUUGAUGCAUUGCGGAAGGUCGCGGAGCUUCUCUAG